AUGGCGCUGGCAAUUAAAGAUAAAGUGGUACUUGUCACAGGCGGAGCCCGCGGCAUUGGCGCGGGCAUUGUCGCCACCUUAAGUGACGCCGGUGCUCGGAUCAUGGUUGCCGACAUCGGCAUCCAGAACAGUUCCGCUAACGAGUGGAAUUACGCACUGGCAGGUGAAGACGAGAUCGAUCAGCUGCGCAAGCGCCACCCACAGAUUGGAACCUGCCACGUAGACGUCACAGACCCUGAGAGCUGUGUGGCAGCCGUGCAGACAACUGUCGAUCAGUUCGGUCAACUGGACGUUCUGAUCAACAACGCAGGUAUUGUCGACAGCGGCCCUAUUGAAACCUUCAAGGUAGACGUCUGGGACAAAAUAUUUGCGGUGAACAGCAAAGGCAUUUUCCUGAUGGCACAGGCUGCCCUGCCUCAUCUGCGUAAAACAGAGAACCCCUGCAUCGUCAACACAGCGUCUAUAGCGGGCAAACAGGGAUAUCCCAACAUGGCGGCUUACUGCGGCUCAAAAUUUGCCGCCAUCGGCAUCACCCAGUCACUUGCAGCAGAACUCGCGCCGCAAAACAUCAGGGUCAACGCAAUCUGUCCGGGCAUGGUUGGCACUGCCAUGUGGCUGGAGCACCUGUUACCCAGCAAUGCAACCAGUGACAGUCAGAAAGAAGCGGAAUUUACUGAAAGCAUGGCGCAGACCAUUCCUCUGGGCCGACCACAAACCCCUGAAGAUAUGGGGGAUGCGGUCCUGUACCUGAUCAACGCGGUAAAUGUCAAUGCAAUAGCUUUGACCUGGUACAAAGACCCCCUGCUGUACUUUCUGCUGAUCGGCGCAGCCAUCUAUGCGCUGUCGCUAUGGGCGCUGGGAGAGGAUGAAGCGUACCAGAUUGUUGUCGGCAAACAGGAUCUGCAACGCCUGAAUGAUCAAUGGUCCAUGCAGAUGCGACGCCCACCCUCGGAACAGGAACUUGCCGGGCUGGUUGAACAGUUCAUCAAAGAAGAGAUUUAUUAUCGAGAAGCCAUGCGCCUGGGACUGGACGCCAACGAUACGAUUGUGCGCCGCCGUAUGGUGCAGAAGCUGACCUUUCUGACAGAAGACAUUGCCACGUCGGCAACCUUCUCUGACGCUGACCUGCAGAAUUUCUACAACGACCAUCUCGAUAAUUAUCGGCUGGCCGAGCGCUUCAGCUUCAAACAUCGCUACUUUUCUGUGGACCGUCGCGCCGAUGCCCGUGCUGACGCAGCCGAAGCGUUACAGAACCCUGCGAUCGGCGGCGAUCCGUUUAUGCUGCAACGCGAAUACGCGUUGCGAUCAGAACGUGAAGUAGGUGAUCUGUUCGGACGCGAUUUUGCUGCCACACUUGCAACACUUACCCCAGACGAAGCAUGGCAGGGGCCUGUGCAAUCUGCUUACGGGUGGCAUUUGGUGCUGUUGAUCAACAGAGCACCAGCAACCGUACAGGCUUUUGCCGAUGUCCGAGAGCGCGUUCUGAAUGACGCCCAGCAGGCCGCACGUGAUACCGCCAAUACCCGCUAUUAUGAAGAUCUCCGCAGUCAGUACAGUAUUGUUCACGCUGAUGCGGACAAUUAG